AUGAAAUCUGUCCUCUCCGUUGCUGCCCUUGCGGCCAUUGCCUCAGCUUCGCCCGUCAAGCGUGCCGAGGGCCCUACCGACGAUGUCAUCCUCAACUAUGCCCUCACUCUUGAGCACCUCGAGGACACCUUCUACCGCGAUGCUCUGGCCAAGUACACUGUCGACGACUUCAAGGCCGCCGGCUUCACCGAGGACAACUACAACAAGAUCAAGACCGUCUCGAGCGACGAGGCCAGCCAUGUGGCCUUCCUCACCGGCGCACUCAAGGCUGCCGGCGCAACCCCAGUCGAGGCUUGCACUUACAACUUUGGCUACACUGAUGUCAAGAGCUUCCUUGCCACCGCCAGUGUCCUCGAAGGCGUCGGUGUCUCGGCCUACCUGGGUGCUGCCGCUGAUAUCAUGAGCAAGACGUACUUGACGGCUGCGGGAUCCAUCUUGACUGUCGAGGCCAGGCACUCGUCCUAUGUGCGCAACACAGUUGGACAGGCGCCAUUCCCCUCGCCCUUUGACAACCCAUUGUCCUACAACGAGGUUUACACCCUGGCCGCACAGUUCAUCACUGGAUGCCCAUCCAGCAACCCUCCUCUUCCCGUCAAGGCGUUCCCCACCUUGAGCGCCACUUCCACUGCCAUGCCCAUCAAGACUGGCUCUACCCUUUCCCUCAGCGUCAAGGACACCAAGAUUGAGGGCACUGUUUACGCUGCUUUCAUCACCGUCACUGGACCCAUCUUCGUGGAUGUCAAGAUGAUGAACGGUGCUUACGAGGUUGUUGUGCCCAAGGGUGUUGCUGGCCAGAGCUACGUUGUGCUCACGAGCUGCAACACCGCUGUCAGCGACGACACUACCGUUGCCGGCCCGGCGAUUGUUGAGAUCUCGUCCUAG